AAGAGAGAUAACGUAAUACCCCAUCAACAGAAUCAAACAUCACUUUCUCUGUACUCUCACAACAGUGUUCAAGAACCCUUUUCUUCUCCGAUGCGACCACCGCAGAAGAAGGUGAAUUUCCGCAACGGCGACAAGGUAGAGGUGUGCAGCAACGAGGAGGGCUUCCUCGGCUCCUACUACCUCGCCACCGUCGUGUCGCGCCUCGACAACGGCCUCUACGUCGUACGCUACGACACGCUGCUGGAGGACGACGGGUCCCAGCCCCUCACCGAGACUCUCUUCCCCAAAGAGCUUCGCCCCAAGCCUCCGCGCCUCGUCGCCGCCUCCUCCUUUCCGCUCUGCCAGCGCGUCGACGCCUUUGACAACGACGGCUGGUGGGUGGGCGAGAUCUCCGGCAAGGUCGACGAUCACCACUACUAUGUUUAUUUCUCCACCACUCGCGAGGAGAUCGUGUACCCGUCCUCCGCAAUUAGGGUUCAUCAGGAGUGGCUCAACGGCCACUGGAUUCGCGUAAAGCCAAUCAAUCGUUGAUAGAUAUCGUGUUCUGUGUUCAAAUUUCAACCUGUAACUGAAUGGAACAUGUUCACUGUGCCUUUUGUUGUUCAUGUAAUUCUACUUCCACUUGCGUACAUCGUAUAAAUUCUUGUUCUUGAACUCUAACCUCAAUUCAGUUAUUGUCUUUUAUUUCUUUUCA